CGGGCGGUACUUUUGACGCAGUUUCCCGAAAGCAGGGCGAGUGCAGCCUGGCUCUUCCUGUAAAAAAAGCCUCGCCUUCAGCCAAGGCACCAGGAAGUGUUUCCAGCAAGAGCUGGACUAUCAACGCCAGCAGGAUGACGACUGCAGUCUUUGCAAAUUGUGCCUUUUUCCUGAGAGUGAAAAAACUCACCAUUCAGGAAAAGAACAGACUGAAGAACUGCAUUCAAGAAAAUGGUGGACAGAUUAAAUUUGUGUUGAAUCAGGAGUGUACUCAUGUUGUCACUGGAAGUGAUGACGCGCUGAGCUCCACCCAUUUGAAGGCCAUCAAGAAGUACCAGCUGCCCGUCGUAGGUCCUGAUUUCAUAUGGAACUCAGUCAAAGAAAGAAAGCUUUUACAGAUUAACAACAAUGAACCCCCAAAGACAUUGGCAUCUGUAACUGAUAAUGGAGACAGGCGUCAGAGCGGAAAGGAUACAACUGUAAUGAAUGGCAGUGAUGCGUCCAAUUACAAGAAUGCAUCCAGUGACAAUAAAUACUUGGAUGAAAUCAGGUGGUUUUCAAAUAGCGAUGGAGAUGUUCCUUAUUUCCCUGAAGACUUUGAGAUUGCAAAAUACAACCUCCUUGAAAAGGUUGCAACACAUGGCGAAUAUGUCCUUGUCGAACUUCAAUGUUUUCAACAGGAAUGCGAUUACCCCUUCCGCAUUUAUAGGCACUACAGUGUCCAAGAUGGGCAGCAGAUUCAAAGACAAUUUAUGCCAAUGAAGAUCUCUGAAAAAGCUAGAAAAAACUAUGAACUCUGCAUCGAAAAUCUGAAGAAGGAGGGUUUUGAAUUAAGGAAAGACUUUCCAAAUGAUGCAGAAUACUUAGCUUCGGGGAAAUUACAAGAGAUCUUGGUAGCAGAAGCCAUCAGUUCCAGCACUUUGUCUGAAGAUGUUGCUAAGUUUGUGGAGCUGAUCUGGACUGAAGCUCUUGGAGUCCUGGAUCUUGUAUUGGCUAAACCAGUAACCAGCAUUAGCCUCAAUGAUGUUAGCAAAGCAGAAGGCGUUCUUCUCCGCACAAAGAAAGCACUGAAUGACAUGAAAUCACCAAGUGAGCUAUCAGCAAUGAUGAUGGAUUUCUAUCAAAUUAUACCACAUAAAGAUGAUCUGAAUUGUAAUGUUACCCUGAAGCUUUUAUCUAGCAAGCAGGAUCUCUGUCAGCUUAUCAGGGACAUGUUGAACGUUCAGGAAAUAAACUUAUCAACUCCAAACCCAUCAUCCCUUUCCAAGUACCGGGCUUUGAGGUGUAGGAUAGAUGCUCUUGAUGCAAAAACCAAGGAGUUCCACAGAGUUAAACAGCAGGUGGACCAAAACACCAGCAAAUGUCCAGUAGAAAUUUUGGAGAUAUAUAAAGUUGGCAGAAUGACAGAAGCAGCAGGUUUUGAGAGUCGCCUCGGCAACAUUCAAUCCUUGAUCCAUGCUUCAUCUCCCGGGAACUUUGUUGGAAUCCUUUCUCGGGGACUCCUUCUACCAAAGAUGGCAGUUGAAGAACAUGGAUUGGAAAGAACAGAUUUUGGGAACUUGGGCAGUGGAAUUUAUUUCAGCAAUUCCCUCAGUACGAGCAUAAAAUACUCUCAAACAAGUAAAACAGACGGAGCUCGAUUACUUGUGAUUUGUGACGUAGCACUUGGAACUUGUUGGGACACACAUCAGACAAACCAUUUAUUAACUGCACCACCACCAGGCUAUGACAGUGUGCAUGGAGUCAGUAAGAAAAAAGACAGAAAAUCAUCUUUUGAGGGUGAUGAAUUUGUGGUGUACAAAACUAGUCAGGUCAGAAUCAAAUAUGUGGUUAAGUUUACCCUUGUGCAUGACAAAGUAAAGGAGUUCCAUCCUGUAAUUCAGACUGAGUUAGAAGAUGAGUUCCCUUCUCUUGACCAACCACAGCCUGAAGAUUAUGAACUGCCAAACCAAGAUAAGCGAACAAAAGUAAUUUCUGGUCUUCUGGAUAGAUCUGGAAAUCCAAUUCCUCUUAGAAAUCUUCACAUCAAGGGAAAAAUCAUAGACUUUGCAGGACAGAUUGUGAUAUUUCAGACGUAUGAAAAUCAAACUGACAGCCCCAUUGAAGCCAAAUACGUCUUUCCUUUGGAUGACACAGCUGCAGUAUGUGGAUUUGAAGCUUUCAUUAAAGGGAAACAUAUAAUUGGAGAGGUGAAAGAAAAAGAAAAAGCACACAAAGAAUAUAGAGACGCCAUCAAUCAGGGACAUGGAGCUUAUCUGAUGGAUCAGGAUGCUCCUGACAUAUUUACAGUGUCAGUUGGAAACUUGCCUCCUUCAACCAAGGUACUCAUCAAAAUCACCUACGUCACAGAGCUCAGUUACGAUUCUGGAUCCUUUUCCUUUCACCUGCCUGCCGCUCUGACUCCUUGGCAACAAGACAAAGCAUUAAAUGAAAACACACAGGACUCAGUAAGAAAAGUUGCUAUUAGGCAAGUAGGAACAAACAUUGGUGAAUUCUCUUUGCAAAUGUCAAUUGAAAUGCCCUUCAAAAUAGAGUCCAUUAGGAGUGUGACUCAUGAACUGAAAAUAAAGAAAACAGACUGCAAAGCUGUUGUCUGUACCAAGGAUGAUAGUUCCUUAGGCAUGGAAGGCUUUACAAUGGAAAUCGAAAAUAGUGACGUAUAUUUGCCCAGAAUGUGGAUUGAAAAGCAUCCAGACAAGAAAAGCGAGGCAUGCAUGCUUGUGUUUCAGCCAGAAUUUGAAGAACCAUUUGACGCUUUUCAUAUCAGUGGGGAAACUGUCAUUUGCCUUGAUAGCUCUAACUCCAUGGCCGGUUCAAAAAUCCAACAUGCCAAGCAAAUUGCAUUAUCUUAUUUAAAUUCAUUUUAUGACUCAGAAAAAGUUACUGUGAUCAAAUUUGGAACAAAUUUUGUUGAGUUUCCUUACAAUGUUAAAGACGUUGAAGCUAUGAAGAAGUUUAUCAUGUCUGCUACAGCUACAAUGGGAAACUCAGACUUCUGGAAGAUUUUGCAUUACUUGAGUUUGCUCGUCCCUUCCGAAGGGAAACGCAACAUUCUUCUUAUAUCCGAUGGACACAUUCAGAAUGAAGCCGUGACUCUGCAACUUGUGAAACAGAAUGCAAAAGACACUAGAAUAUUUACAUAUGGAGUUGGGCCCGCAGCGAAUCGUCACAUGCUGAGAUCUCUAUCCCAAUAUGGAGCUGGAGCCUUUGAAUAUUUUGAUGAAAAAUCAAAGUAUGAUUGGAAGAGAAAGGUAAUGCAGCAACAAAACAGGAGGUGGUCCCCAGAAUGCAGUGCCAUUUCGAUUAAAUGGCAACAAUUCGACACAGAUGCACCUGAACUGAUGUAUGCUCCAGCUCAGAUACAGACUCUGUUUGAAAGUGAGCGUCUUCUUGUCUAUGGAUUUAUCUCUAAUUGCACCCAGGCUACAUUACAUGCCCUCUUGGAUAGCAUAGAACUACAGACAAUGGUGUCUACAACUGAAUUGCAGAAGACAACAGGAACUAUUCUUCACAAACUUGCAGCAAGAGCCUUCAUUAGGGAUUAUGAACAAGGGAUUCUUCAUGAGGAUGAAGCAGAAAAUGAGAUGAAGAAACAGGAGUUGAAAUCCUUGAUCAUUAAGCUCAGCGUGGAGAACUCCAUUGUGACCCAGUUUACAAGUUUUGUUGCAAUUGAAAAAAGGGAUGAGAAAGAAGACCAAAUCACUGACUCUUUGGAUGUUUUAGAACUCAUCUCCAAGGAGGAUGUAGACAUCUUGCCAUACAUGCAGUAUGAAGAACCUAAAGAGGCGGAGGAGGUUCUCCGAAAGGCAUGCUUCUUGAAAGCUGAUAGAAUGGAGUCUUGGGAAAAUGACAUGGAGGAGGCUCUCGGAAAGGAAUGCUUCAUGGAUUUUGGAAUGGAGUAUUGGGGAGAUGCCUCUGUUGUGGGUACAUUUGAUGGGUCAUACUUGCCACAGAGUGGGGCUGAUGUUCUGAGCUCUUUCAACCUACUUUCUGAUGAGUCCUCACUAGUAGGUCAGAUGUUGCCACCUCAGGAUCUUCAAGCAGCUGGUUCUCAGAUCUUAGAUACCUCCCCUGUUCCUCCCAGUGUUGGUUCUUUCAGCUUUGGCUCUCCGGCAGAACAGUCUUUUCUUCCAGCGAAGCUGAAAUCAUUCCCUCCUCCUCCACCAGGGUUCCAAUUCUCCUCCUUACCAUCAAGGACACCGACAGCGUGGUCACUGCCCUCCAGCAGGCCUACUGCUGAUAGCCCACUCAAUUUGCAGACAAAAAUGCCCCCACUUGGGGUAUGGGGCAUGCCAUCAUACCGAGGUGGUUUUGCCAUGCCAAAUUUUCAGCCAGGAUGUCCAUGGAAAGGAAUUCCUACUGCAUCUUAUUCAACAGGGCCGUCUGCUCAGCCCAGAGGUGCCGGAACAUUUGGAUUUGGGGCUGCCAGCUUACCGCCUGCUUCCCACGCUAAUGCAGCACCUAUGCGUCAGAGCUUUCCUCCUCCUCCACAACUUUUCAGCCAGCCACAUUUCGCACUACAAAGUAGUGGCCUCUUUGGUUCUGCUCAGCCUCAUGGUUCUCAGGAAGUCUCACAGUUUUUUGAAUCGCCCAAGACAACUCAGAGUAAAAGGGAUUUGCAAAAUUAUCUGAGCCAAUUUAUACCCAAACAGUGCUUUCAUCUUAAACAUGCUCCUGAAGCAGUGUCAGAGCAAGUUUUAGAUCUGAAAAUUGUGCAGCACGAAGCUGUUCUCGCAAUGGGAAAAGAGAGAGCUGAAAAAGAACCUGCACCCAAGGAUGAUCAUUUGAAGAAAAAGAAGAAGAAGCAAUCAAAACCAAUGAUGAAAAGGAAAAUCUUCUGUGAAAAUAAGCAGUUAGAUGUUAUAUUCUGGCCUCGGCUUUUUCAGCUCCAGAAUGAGGAUGGUUUUUGGGAGUUAACCUUUGAUCUUGGGUUGCUUUUCGAUCUUGAUGUUGAUCAUUUAGUCAACGUAACACUUGCCAAGAAAGGAAUUCAGUCACUAGGGCCAAAGGGAAAAGAGAAGCUGUUGCGGUUGAUUGCCACACUUCUGGUGCUGCAGGCUGUGCGUUUCAAGCAAUUACAAGACCUCACCUUCAAAUCUCUAACAAAACUUGGUGACUCUCCUCCAUCAUGGGCACUUGUUCCGGUAAAAAAAGCUACUGAAUGGGCAAGAAGAACUGAGCAGGAAUUUCCAGUUAUUUGCCAGCGGCUUGAACUUGGGAAAGACUGGGAUUCUGCCACUAAAAAACUACUGCGUAUUGAUACAGAUUAGACCAUUACCUCUGCUCUAAUAUUAAAUAUCACAUUUUGACUACUGAGAACCUGGCACUAUAAUCUAUUUCCUCACACAUAACCAAAAACAUGCAAAUUUUCACUUAAGAUUUUCCCUUCAUAUCUAUACAGACAGUCCUCAAAUUACAAACAUAUGACUUACAAAUGUCUCAUAGUUAAGAAUAGGGGACAGACAACAGGAAGUGAGAGAAAUUUACUCCUAGGAAGGGAAACCCACUCCUGAAAGAAUUAUCAUGGGGAAAAGAUGUCUCCACUGAAGCUUUCCCACCAAUCCUUUUUUCCACAACAAGCAAAAUUAUUCAAAAUGCAAUGAUCACAGGGACAGAAAGUGAGAUGAGAUCUUCUGAACAGGGGCACAGAUAGCAAAACAACACCACAGGGGAUGUUAACCCUUCCCUAUGCAUAUCGAUGUAUCUAUCAAUCUAUCUAUGUGGCUGGAGUUACACUUAAAAUUUACUGUUUCUGACACAUACAAAUUCAACCUAAGAACAACCCUACAGAACCUAUCUUGUUCGUAACUUAGGGACUGCCUGUAUAUAGUCAUAUAGUUUUGAUAAUUGUAAUGAUUGUGAUGAUUUUACUGGUUUUGAUUAGUUUUAUUAUUUUAAUGUUUUGAUUAAACUUUCAAUCACAUUAGUUGUUACGCAUCAUUUGUAAGCGGAAAAAUGUAAACAAGCAAUAUUCCAGUUUCUAGGUAACAGUAAUGAAAUGUAAGAGGCAUCAUAGUCCAGAAAUAGUCUGAAUAGUAUAAUUGCUUCAUUUGCUCUAUAGUAUCAUCUAUCGCCAAUAAAUAUUCAACUAAGGUGUCAAGAAAUGGAAGUGGCAAAUGUUCUGUUUGCUCAUGGAUGGUGUCAUUUUUGAAAAUACACAUUUUUGCUAAAAGCCAAUUCAAUAAAAAUGCUUCUUGUUCAUAAAA